GGGACUCUGAGCAAUUGGUUGUUGAAUUAGCACAUCAGUCAUUGAAGACUGUCGUACAUGUACAAGCUUAGGUGUCUAGACUGCUAUGCAUUUUGACAAAGUCAUUGAUCCUUUUGGCUCCGUAUGUAUCUGCCUUCCCAGCCAGUUCAUGCAUGGACCCGUACUCUCGACUUGAUGGCGAUGGUGGUGUCAAGAGGAUAUAUAUAUCAGAAGCACAUAUAAGGACUCAAUAAGUGCUCCCCAUCUCAUCGAAGUCAUGGUCGCCGCCAACGUGUCCAUACCCAAGCUCCUCUCUCCUCACGCCCUUCACAGUCUACUCCAGUAUCAGGACAGCUCUAAGGCACGCGUCAUCCCUCUCGACGUAUCGCUCGUAUACCCACCUGCCUCCGAGUAUACUCAACACCUUGAUGGACGAAUUCCUGGGGCUAAAUUCUUCUCCAUGAAGCGCUACGCAGCCGAGGACCCAGAACUGAAAACGACCAUCAUGCUCCCUACCGCCGGUAAGUUUGUAGGGGCGAUGAGGUACCUCGGUAUUCGCAGGGACGAUCACAUCGUAUGCUACGAUGUCAUGGGAUUUUGGACGCCUGCGAGAGGCGCAUGGAUGUUGAAGGUCUUUGGCCACGAAAAAGUGUCCGUUCUCAACGGCGGUUUGCCUGCUUGGAAGGCAGCAGGAUAUUCCAUUGAAACUGGAUCUUAUCCAGCUGCAGAACCCUCUGAUUAUCCUUUCGUGCUUCGUAAUAAGGAGAUGAUCGCUUCCUUUGAUUCGGUUGCAUCGUCCGCUAUAAAUGGUAGCAAACCGCGCGUUAUCAUCGACACACGCCCAGUUGAAGAAUACGCCGAUAUUGGACAUGUGUCGAACUCGUUUUCUCUCCCGUUCACCAAUUUCCUUGCCGGCCCACCGCCAAACGACAUGCGCGUCCUUCCGGAAGAACGGUGGAAAGGGAUCAUAACGAAAGUGGUCGGAGAUGAUCUGUUUAAGCAAAUGGAAGACAAGGGCAACGAAUUACAGGUGAUAAGUACUUGUGGAUGGGGAGUAACGGCGUGUACACUCUGGAUAAUUUUGGGCUCCUUUGGAGUGAACACAACGGUCUACGACGAAAGUUGGGAAGGCUAUGAAAUGCGCGCCGGAAACCCCGUUGAGAAAGGAUCGCCCGAUAAUCUACAUCCCGGAACUCCGACAAAGGGCGUUACAAGUUUCCCAGAGUUGCAGAUCGCAAUUGAUGCUUUGCCUGAUGAUGGUACGCCCAAAGUGGACGAAGUCAGCCAGUAGACUUUCUUCGAGAUUUUUUUGCACCAUACACCACGUGAAUUACAUACAUAUGUUGAUGUUUUGUCCAGGCUGGCUGUGAGAACAUCCCAUUUCCG